AUUGCAGGCGGAAAGAGGAGUUCUACCUUUUGUUUUGAAAAUGGCUUUUCUGAUUUUCUGUUAAGAGUGUGUCACAUUCUUGGGAGUUGGUUUCUUUUGAGCCGUAAGACAAAGGAGAAGGGAGGAGGGAAUGCGGGCCCCGCUGGCCUGAAGGGUGAAGUUCAAGUAAGGCCGCGCGAUGGUUUCGAUAAGAAUGGCCUCCAGGCACAGCCCUCAGGAGCUUGCCGGUUGCCGCGGCUUCUUCCUGUGUGAAGUAGCCCAAAAAGGUCAUGGCUAACACAUUCCUGGAGUGGGAAUACCCAGGCCAGCUCCUCCCCGACCCGCCCUACCUCCUCCUCGUACUCAGAGAUGGGCUCAGGAUUGGGUGCAUUGAUUUGCUUUGUGUGUGUACUAAAGGUUGGCAGGGUAACGAAACCAGGUAGCGCUUUCAAAUCUUAGAGUAAGAAAGUGAUAUUUUGCUUUUACAGGUUUAUGAGGAAAACACAAAACCGACUCGUUGUGUUAGGGUAAAAGUGUUUCUUCCAAUAGUUCCCUCUACUGGUUCUGCAGUAAAUAGCCGCUUGAACCAAAUGGUCCUUGUUGAGAGCCAGAGCCUAAAAACUAUGGGUGGAACGGAAAGCCAUUUAAGGAUCCUCAUUAAAUUAGUUUUGUAUUUACGAGAGAAUCACCAUUCUGGAAUAGUCGAAUGAAUUUAAAAUAUUGAAAUUUUCUUUUGUGCUUUCAGUUCCUUAUAUCUUCAAAAAAAUGUUUCUGAUUUUCAUGCCUAAAGAGAAGCUUAAAAUUUUUAAUGAUGCAUUUCAUAUAUACAAAAUAAUGUAUAUAAUGUAUGUGUAGUUCAAAACUACUCAUAAAGGCUUAUAUCCACUACAGUCUUAAGAAAUGGGACAGAGUAGUACCGUGGAAGUUCUUUGUGUCUCUUCACUGAUGGCUUCUUCCCCUCCCUGUUCUCCCAUGAAAUGACCUUUCCAGAAUUUUCCAUUAUUUUGUUUUAAAAAUAUUUUCCAUAUACCAAUUUAUUCCUGAACAAAAUGCUUCUACUUUUACCCAGUUUCAACUUUGUACAAGUGGACACAUAAUUAUAUAAAUUGUUCUGAUUUAAUUUUAUAAAACUCAACAUUUCUUUUUGAGAUUCACUUGUGUUGCUGUAUUUGGCAAUGGGGUAGUCACUAUAAAAAUAACCCUUAAACUUAGCAAGAAGUUCUGAAAUUCUAAAUAAUAAAAACUGAGAUACUUAAAUAGUUGUAAAGAUACUUUAGUAUUUCCCCCAACAAGACCAACUCUUUAUAGAGCGUAUGAAUUUUGCUUAGAUUUGUAAAGGUUUUUUUUUGUGGUGGUUGGUAACUGGCACAUGCCUAUAAUCCCAGCACUCAGGAGGAGUGUGAGACAGGAGGAUCACUGGAGUUUGAGGCCAGGCUGGGCUACAAAGUAAAUUAAAGGCCAGUCUGAACAGCAUAAUGAAAUGCUAUCUCAAAAAGACAAAAUAAGUAAAAUAAUUUAAAGGGUUUUUAUUUAGAUCUUAUUACAAUCCUACACGUUAAGGGCUAUUUUAUAAGGAAGGUACUAGAUAGUUAAUAUUUCCUCAUGGAGUUAACUGGUUUAUUCUGUUUGUUUUGUGUAAUCUAUCAUUGCAUGUAUGAAUGGUCCUGGUAUUUUCUCAUACUCUAAUAAGGAUUUUCCAUUAUUUUAGUUGGUUCAUGCUCACCAUUACUUAGAUUUCUACACAGUGGUGGCUAGGCUAUAAAAUGUAUGACUUCAUAUUUCUUUCUUUGCCUCCCUUUUAGAUACUUCCUCCUCUCUUAUAGCUUUAGAUGUUGACCCUAUAAUGCCUUGAGAUUUCCAUGUUUCAGUCUCAGAGUAUUCUUAUUGUAACAAUUCUCUCAUCUGUCAUUUUCAUUUUAGCAAUCACUUCUUGUCGCCUCAGACUUAGUGUCUUUGAAGUAUCAAAGAUACUUCAUUCUGUUGUUUCUAUCUAUUAUCAUAUGUAGUUGAUUUAAUGUGGCUGUAACAAUACUGAUUUUUCCUUUCCUAAACAAUUUGUGCCGUCUGGAGUUUUCCUUUCUUUCACUGGUAUAUCAUCCUUUUGUUACAAUUUGAAAUUAAAUGUUAUUACUUCCUUACUUCCUCUCUCCCUUCAAAAACUUUCGGUUUUCUAACCCUUUUGAUUUCCACUAUUGUCACUUCAGUCGUGACUGUUAUCAUGUUAAACUUCAAUUGUUUUAUAACUAUUCUAUUUUCAUUUCUAAUCCAUGUGGCACAUUAUAAACGUAUUCAUGUUCUUAAACCCUCACCUAGUACUGUGUCACCAAAUGCCUAAUAAGCUACUUUUUGGGGGGGUUUUGUUCUUUCUGCCACAGGAUCUCACUGUGCUGUUCAGAGUGGCCUCGGGCUCAUUUUGUAUCCCCAGUCUGAUCUCGAAUUUGUAGUGAUCCUCCUGCCUCAGCCUCCCGAGUACUGGGAUUACAGGAGUGCACUACCACACCCAGCAAGCUACUUUCUAAUACCUAUGUUUAAGUCUAGUCCCUUUAGUGUAUUUAAAGCUAUUCACAGUCAACAUAAAAAGAAGUUCCCAUUCUCUCCCAGUAUGUAUUGUCUCUUCAUACCUGCUUUCCCAGUUUUCCUUUUGUUUUUUACACCCAAUCCUUUGCCUCCAGUUUAAGAAUACCUUCCUGAUAAGUGAAAAAUGGCUGAGGAUGUAGCUCAGUGCAAAGGUCAUAGUAGAUUCAAUUCCUAGUACCACCAAAAAAAAUUCCUUCAGUGAGUUCUUACUAAUUUGGCAUAAACUUAUCUGUAUCAUUAGGUUUUAUAUUCUCUCUCUCAGGAGCAUCCACCCAACACAAACACAUUUCUCCAUACAUAGCUUACAAGUUUCUUAAGUGUCUUCGGUGUCUUUGACUUCCAUCAUUGCCUAACGUAAUGCCUUCUGUGUAAGUAGGUACUGAGUAACUGUUGGUGAAAUGAAUAAUAAAGGGCAGUGGAUCAUUAAAGAAGUGGCUAUGGAUAAACAUUAUUGACAGGUAAUAUAGAUAAGGAAUGUUUUUUCAGACUCUAUUAUGGCCUGUGUUUUAAUGUCCCCUCCCAAAUCCUCACAUGGUCAUAGGUGGGCUUUUUCAGAGGUCUGGACUUCGAGUAUGUGAUUGAUUCAUGGCACAAUGGGGAGAUUAAGGAUGUGUGAUUAUCAAAUUGGUCCAUUGAGUGGUUUAGCACGGCCCUAAUCUCAGCAGUCUGGAUAACAUAAAAUGGGCAGAAAGAUGGUGUUAAGGCCUCUUGUUGUUUUUGGUUCCUUGGGGGCACCAUGAACUGUUAUCCUCUGUGAUGGCCGUCUGCCAAGCCACCCUGCCUUGGAGCUGGCCAAUUGUGGACUGCAGCCUCUACAAACUGGUUAAUAGCUGUGUGAAGAGUGAUGAACAUGUCCUGGAGGAGCUAGAAACAGAAGGGGAGAGGCAGCUAAAAAGCCUCCUUCAGCAUCAACUGGAUACUUCUGUCUCCAUUGAGGAAUGUGUCUCUAAGAAAGAAAGUUUUGCCCCUGGUACUAUGUAUAAGCCCUUUGGGAAAGAAGCAGCAGGGACUAUGACUUUGUCCCAGUUCCAAACAUUGCAUGAGAAGGACCAGGAGACUGCUUCUCUCAGGGAAUUAGGACUCAAUGAAACAGAAAUCAUGAUCUGGAAGAGCCAUAUUUCAGGUGAAAAGAGGACAAAGCUGAAGGCAACUCCUGAAGCAAUACAGAAUCGUCUUCAAGAUAUUGAAGAAAGAAUAUCAGAGCGUCAGCGCAUCCUUUCCUUGCCACAGAGAUUUUCAAAGAGCAAACAGCUGACCCGGCGCGAAAUGGAAAUAGAAAAGUCUUUAUUUCAGGGAGCUGAUCGUCACUCUUUCCUUAAGGCUCUUUAUUACCAAGCAUACCACAAAAAGACAAGUGCAGACAAGUACAUGACCUCAAUGAAGAGGAAGAUAAAAUUAGGCACAAAAGAUGAAUCCCAAAAGAAGAACAAAGGUGAUCCCAUGAACAACCUGGAAAGUUUUUACCAAGAGAUGAUAACAAAAAAACGUCUUGAAGAGUUCCAAGUUAUGAGAGGUGAACCCUUUGCCUCCUGCUCACUGGUCUCAGCUACAUCAGUGAGUGAUAGUGACACAGCUGAGAAGCCAUCAUUACUCCAGCACGAGGGAGAACAGGCAGCACAGGGUAAAGGUCCCAGUCUCCAUGUGGCAAAAGUUACCGAUUUUUCACCUGAGCAGUGUUGGACUGAGCCUAAGAAGCUGACGCAACCAAUAGAAUUUAUUCCAGAAGAUGAGAUCCAAAGAAAUCGUUUGUCAGUGGAAGAGAUUCGAAAAAUUCCUAUGUUUUCUUCAUAUAAUCCAGGGGAACCAAACAAGGUGUUAUACCUGAAGAACCUUAGUCCUCGGGUGACUGAAAGAGACCUUGUGUCAUUGUUUGCUCGGUUCCAGGAGAAAACAGGACCUCCAAUUCAGUUUCAGAUGAUGACUGGACGAAUGAGAGGACAGGCUUUUAUCACCUUUCCUGAUAAGAAGAAAGCAUGGGAAGCCUUGCAUCUAGUAAAUGGAUAUAAACUGCAUGGGAAAAUAUUGGUGAUAGAGUUUGGAAAAAAGAAAAAUCAACAGUCAGAUCUCCAAGCUACUUCUCCCAAAUCAUCUAUUACAGAUAGUAGUAUUGAGAUCAAUGAUAGCUAGAAUGAAUAUACAUAGCUCUGGAUGAUCAGUCUUGCAUUAGAAAUUGCAGAGUAAGGAUUUGUAUAUAAAUUUGUUUACAGAGCAGAAACUAACUGAGAGAAAAGUAAUAAUGACAACACCUUUCAGCUAUUGGCAAUAAAUAGAACAUAUUUUCUACAACCAAAAACUAUAUAGGUCAAAAAUCUCAUGAGUAUUAAGGGUAAUAUACAGAGAGUAUUAUUUUCUCAAGGUAAAUUGCAUAGAACUAUUCCCGAGAAUUUUGUAAAAUUUUUAUUAUUUCUGUUGUCUUCAAUAUUUACUCCUAGAAAUUGCAUUCUUUGCAAGCCUGUUUCCUGUAUAUAAAACUUUAAAACUAAUUAAAUGUUUAAGUAUUUGUUUACUGGAUCUUACCUGUCCUUAAUUGUGUACACCCAGUAAGUAAAGAGUGAGCCCCUAGGGCCUAAUUCUUGACAAAUGCUUUUAUGUCAAAACUAGUAACAAGAACUUGUUUCAUAAGUCAGCCAACAUAUUUGAUGAAUGCUUCUACACUAACAUAUCAGUCUUCAAAAAUCUAUGUAUUUUUAUAAUGAAAUCUUUUAGAUCAAAAUAUUGGUGUUUGCAUGGCCACUUAACUAGCGAGAUGCCAGUGACUAAUCAUUGAAUUCAAAGCAAUAAACACUGGCUACAUAAUAUGUUAAAUAUUAAAUAGAUGAAUUUUAGAAAAAGAACAUACUUGCAAGAAUACCAAUGUGACAUGGAAAAAAGAGUUCUCUAGAAGAGAGAUAGCCUGUUUCAUUCCCUAGUUAUUUGUUUAAGGUUGCUGAAAAAAGUAGAACAAUAUUGUAUACAAGAAGUGCUACAAACUUUGGAAUCAAACUGAACCUUAAUCCAUUUGUACCACUUUGAACUUGACAAGUCAUUUAAUCUGGUCCUCAGUUUUCUCAUUUAUAAAAUGAGAAUAAUAAUGCUUCUCACCUUAGUAGGCAGUGAAGAUUGAGAUAUUACUCAGAUUGGGAAACAAAAGAGAUUGAAUAAAUUUAGAGAUUAACAGUUGGUAGUAAGAUACCGUUAAGCACUUCUGUGUGCAUGUAAUGAGAGUGCCAGAAAAAGAGAAGAGAAAGAAGCAGGAAAACAUUCCAGGAAAUAAUGUCUGAAUCAAGUGUGGUAGCACACACCUUUAAUCCCAGCACGUGAGAGCCUGAUGCAGAAGGAUCACCACAAAUUGGAAGCCAGCAUGGGCUAUAUCGUGAGUUCAAGGCCAAUCUGCACUACAUAGCAAAACCUUGUCUCAACUCAAGAAGGAAGGGAGGGAGCGGAAAAGGAAAGGCAAACUGAAUGUUUAAAAUUUUAUGAAAAGCAAUAGUCUACACAUUGAAGAAGCUCAGCAAAUCCCAAGUAGGGAAAGGAAAAAAAAAACCUACAUACAGACCUAUCGUAAUAAAAAUAGUGGAGCCCAAAGAUGGUAAAUCUUUACAGCAACAUAAGAAAAAUUAACUGUCACUUACUAGUGAACUCCAAUGAGAUUAACAACUUACUUCUAAUCAGAAACUGUAGUGGUAUCUGUGAGAUAACAUUUAAAAUGCUCAAAUAAAAUGAUUCUCAAACAAGAGCCCUAUAUACAAUAAAACUAUUUUUGAAAAGUGAAGGUGAAAUAAAACAGUCCCACAUAAGAAAAUGAAAGAACUUGUUGCCAGCAGACCUCACGGGAAAUACAAAAGGAAAUUCUUAAGUGGAAAACAAGUGCCCUUAGACAAUAAUUUGUACCUACACACAAAAAAGGAACAGACAGAAAUAAUCAUCUAAAUUCAUUUUUCCUUUAAACUAAUUUAAAAAACAAUUACAUGAAAUUAUAUGUAUAUAGUUGCAUUGUUUUACCUUAUAAUAGUGUAAUAUGUUUGCCAAUAAUAGAAGAAAAAAGCAAGAUGGUAAGACUACUGUGUUUUACUAAAGCAGUGACUAUAGAUGUUAUCUCAAAUCCAUUGGAACAGAGAUGAUAAGACAGGACAAAUACAAAGAUUAAUAUUUUUUAAAAAGCUAUAAGUAUACAAUUGUUCUUUUUCUUCUAAGCUUCUUUGACAGGCAUAGAAUUAAGUAAUAAUUAUAAUGAAAUACUGUAGGGUUUAUAAUGUAGAAAUAAUACAUAUUACUGUCAUACCACAAAAUGCAGAGAAAGGAAUGUGUUUGCAUAGGAGUAUGAUUUCUCCUUUUCACUAGCAUUUAGCGUAUACCUUUAGCCAGUGUGGUUGAGAUAAGAUGUAUAUGGUAAGCCUUAAAGCAAAUACAAAGGAAAUAACUUUUUAAAAAUGAAGAUACUAUUAAAGAAAUUUAAAUGUCACAUUAGAAAAUACUUAAUGCAAAAAAAAAACAACCCUUCAGAUAGAAGGCAAGUAAAAUGGCAGUUAAAUCCACCUGUGUCAAUAAUAAAAAUAAAUAUGAAUGGGUCAAACUAAUCAAGAGACAAAGAUUGUUAGACUGAACAAAGAAAAUACUCAUCACUAUUCUGUUGUCAGUAACAUACUUCAGAAAAUACAAAGAAAUUGAAAGUAAAACAAUGGAGAACAAUGUAUCAUGCAAAAUAUAAUAAGAAAAUGGAGUGACUACACUAGUAUCAACAAAAUAGACUUUAAAGCAAAAAAUGUUACCAGAGAUAAAGAAUCACUCUUGCAGGGAAAUGUAACAUUUAUAAUGAGCACAGACCCAGAAUACAUGAAUCAAAAUAAAUGAAUGUAGAAAUAAAUAAGUCUACGAAAACAGUUGAAAUAUUCAGUAUUGCAUUUUAAAUAAUAGAAGAACUGGAAGAUUAUAAACAAGGAAAUAGACUUGAGCAACAGUCUAAGCCAAAUAGUUGCCAAAGACAUCUGUUGAACAUUCACCCAACAUUAGAAUGCAUGUUCUCAAGUGCACAUGAAACAUCUCCAGAAUAGAUCAUAAGCUAAGCUAUCAAACCUUUAUAUGUGAAUGGAAGUCAUGUAAGGUAUAUUCUCAGUGAAACCAAGCCAAAGUUGGAGCUAUAAAAAAAAGCUACAAACUGACAGUCCUUGAACUAGAAUUACCAGAAAAAGAGACAAAUUAUUAGAAUCAGGAAUGAAGGAGCAACUCUCACUACUGACCUUGUAGAAAUGAAAAGGAUUAGGAAGAAAUAAUAUGAACAACUGUAUGUCAAUGAAUUAACCUAGAUGAAAUGCACAGAUUUCUAGAAAGACAGACUACCAUACCUAACUUAAAACAGAAAACCUGAAUUGACCUAUUAACAAGUAUGAUAAGUGAACACUACCCACAAUGAAAAGCCCAGGCUUAAGUGGCUUCAUAAAUGAAUGAAACAUUUGAAGAAAAAUUAAUACAUUUUCUUCAAAUAUUUGAAGAGUAGGGAUCACUUAUGACACUUACUAUUACAUGGGAAAGCCCUACGAGUGUGCUCAGUGAAAGAAGCCAGUCAUGUGUGACUACAUAAAAUAUGAUCCCAUUUACAGGAAAUGUCCAGAAUUGGCAAAUAUGUAGGGACAGACGGUUAGUGGUUGCUUUAGGUUGGAGUGGAAAGCAAAGUAAUGCAAAGGACUGAGGGUAAGGGCUGAAGUAUAUGGGGUUUCUUAGAAGUUAGUGAACAUGUUCUAAAAGUUACUGUGUUGACUAUGAACGUUAUGAAUAUACUAAAAAUCCAUAAAUAUAAUUUGAGCGAAUUGUAUGGUAUGUGAAUUAUAUCAGUAUUACUAUCACAAAAAUAGAAAGUUGGGUAUUAUCCAAAUUCCCAGUCAUAAAUAACUUCUGGCACAUCUACUAGUUAAAAUACGACUAUAUUUAUGAAUAUAUUCUGACCUGUACUCAUAUCCAAAGUUUUAUGUCAAAUUAAAAAUUAGGAUUAUAUGCUAUUGUGUAUAUAUAUGAGCAUGUAGAAUAUUUAUAUAUAGAUAUUUCAAAAUAAACUUGGAAAAAGAUGAGAAUAUAUAUACCAAAUUUUAAACUUUGAUGGUAGGAUUGAAUAAGCUGAAGUGAACUUUCACUUUGUAAAAGUAAGAUGGUGUGAUUCAGUGAUUUUUACUUUUUUUCAGUAUCUUUUAAAUUUUAAAACAAUGUAAAUAUUUCUGCAGUGACUUGGCUUUCAGAAUAUUUUUCGGGGCUAGGGGUUUAGCUCAGCGGCAUAAGCACCUGUCUUGCAAGCAGGCAGUCGUGAGUUCGAUCCCUAGUACUGAUAAAAACGAAAAAGACAAAAAAAAAAAAAAAGAAUAUUUUUCAUAGGCACUUUCAAAUAUCUUCUAACUAUACUCAGGACAAACUCCUGUUUCUUUGAUAUACUGCUCAGUUGGUAUUAACUACCCAAUUUUAAUAUAGUUUAAGGAAUAAGAAGUAAAUUAGUCUGGUAUAGAUUUUGCAUUUGUUACUCAAGAACGUAGAUCUCAGCUGGACUUUCCAGAAAAAAACUGUUUCCUGUUAGGUGGGAAAACUCACCUCUGCCUUUUACUAGACCUACAGGCCACUAAAAAUAGAGGGAAAUAUUAGAGAAUACCUUUCCAACUGGUGCAUAGAUACAGAAACUGUGGUAUAUCGAGAAAUACAAUUCUAUUUGGCAAUAAAAAUGAUUGAACCAUACAUGUAUCAACUUCUAUGGAAGCUGGCGUACUCAAGUAUGAAGUGUUAGCACAUGGGGUUCAUGUUAGUAAUGCAAAUUUUCUAUAUGUCGGUUAUAAUUACUUACAUGUAUACAUUUGUUAAAACUCAUCAUUGUACACCAAAUGGGUGAAUGUCACUGUGUAUGAUUUUUUAAAUACAUUUUUAGUGAAGGAAAGAAAAAUUUGGAUAGUCAUUUACAUUAACUAGUACAUGUAUUCUGUGGCCUUUGAUUACUAUGGAAAAGCUAAAGCCAUUUUGCUGCUAUUCCUUAUUUGCUGCCAAAAGGUGAUCAGAAAUUAUUAAUUUAAAAAUUAUGCAAUAUACACACAAACCCUCCAUAAAAAAUAAAAGCUGAAAAUACAUUUGUUAUCACAAGGAGCUAAUUUCCUUAAUAUAAAAUACGUAUAAGAUUUUUAGUGCAAUUGUUGCCCUUUAUCUAUGGGAGUAUAUUACAAGAUCCAUAAUGGGUGCUCAAAACUGAAUAGUACCCAAAUUUAUAUAUACUGCAUUUUUUCCUUUUAUGCCCAAUACAAUUGCCACAAAUACUAGAGUUAAUCUGUCUUGUGUUUAAUGAUCUUGUACUUCCUUUUGCAUUUGGGGGCUAUAAUGAAGUAAAAUAAAGGUUACUUGCAUAGAA